AUGUCGACCUCAGUUGCUGAACUCGCCGGGAAGAUGAAGAAAAGCUACGGUCGUCAGAAAUUUCAGAGAUUAUGGGCAAAGCUGGUGAUGAGGAAGUGGUUGAACAAAAGUGCUAGUGAGCCUGACUAUGGUGCUGAUACUGAAGAAGAACUCGAAAACGUCGACGUUAGACUUGAAAACGAAUACUCCAGCUCUGAUGAAGAUGUUGAAGUUAAAGUAUCGACUCAAUCAAGGGUUUAUGAGAACUCAGAGGAUGUCAUGGCCGCUGCAGCUGCCGCGGAGUUUAUUAGCAAUGAUGCUCCAAUGAAGUUAAGGAGAAGAAACUCGGAAACAUUUAGAGCACAGUAUAUCAACAACAAAGAAAUAAGAGUAUGUGUUGGUACGUGGAACGUAGGAGGAACAUCACCACCUUCUGAUCUUGACAUCGAUGAUUGGAUCGAAAUUAAUCAUCCUGCUGAUAUCUACGUUCUUGGAUUACAAGAGGUUGUACCUUUGAAUGCUGGAAACAUACUUGGAGCUGAAGAUAACCGACCGGUUGCGAAAUGGGAAGAAGUGAUUAGAGAAGCACUAAACCGAGUCAGACCAAAACACUCUACGGUUAAAAGUUAUAGUGAUCCACCAUCUCCAGGGAGAUUCAAACCAUUUGAGGAAACACACGAUGUCAUAGAGGAAGAAGUAGCUUAUGAGAAUGAUAGUGACGAUGGCGUUGAGGUUCACCCUAUUGACGAGGAGGAAGAAGAAGAUAGCGAGUUAAAGCAUGACGGUGGAGUUGUAGGCGAAGUCAACACCCUCGUUGACCCAAAGUCCGGUUUACCGGUUAUUGAGAUCAACAAACAGUUCACUUCUUCUAAUAAUCUAGACAGACAAGUCUGUUUACGUUCUCAUAGCUUUGUGCAAAGAAGGAACAACGAGGAUUCCUCUCAAACCGGUAUGAAAACGCUAAACCGGAUGCUAAGUGGGCAAGAAAGGAUCGGUUUAAGCUGGCCUGAGCCUCCUUUGAACAUGUUAGGACCUUCUUGCGUUCUCGAUAGACAACCGUCUAUUAAGACAUAUAAAUCCUUACAGACAUUAAAGUCUUUGAAGGCUUACAAUUCGUUUAAGUCUGUAGCUGGACAUAACACUGGGAUUCCCCCAGAGGUUUUGGCUCUAGCGUCUAUGGACCUGAAGUUGCUAAUGGAGAGGAAACGAAAACCUGCUUAUGUGAGGUUAGUGAGUAAAAAAAUGGUUGGGAUUCUUUUGACCAUUUGGGUUAAAAGAAGUUUGCGAAAACACAUUCAAAACGUUAGAGUGUCUACUGUUGGAGUUGGCAUCAUGGGAUAUAUUGGUAACAAGGGAGCUGUGUCUGUGAGUAUGUCCAUAAAUCAGACGUUCUUCUGUUUCAUAUGUACUCAUUUGAGUGCAGGAGAAAGAGAAGUUGAUCAGGUCAAGAGGAAUGCAGAUGUUCAUGAGAUACAUAAAAGAACAGUGUUUCACUCUGUCUCAGCACUUGGACUUCCCAAGCUUAUCUAUGAUCACGAAAGAAUAAUCUGGUUAGGCGAUCUUAACUAUCGGCUUAAUUUAUCUUAUGAGGAAACCACAGACCUCAUUUCCAAGAAAGAUUGGUCCAAGUUACUUGAAUAUGAUCAGCUGGUAAAGGAAUACAAGAAAGCUCGAGCGUUUGACGGAUGGUCAGAAGGAACUCUACAGUUUGCACCGACCUAUAAGUACCAAGCGCAUUCCGAAGAGUACACCAGUGGCAACGGAAAGGCAACAAGGAGAAAACCAGCUUGGUGUGACAGAAUACUAUCUUACGGUAAAGGGAUGAGGUUGGUUGAUUACCGGCGGACAGAACAUAAAUUCUCAGAUCAUCGUCCGGUUACAGCAACGUACAUAGCUGAAGUCGAGGUGUUUUGCACGAGAAAGCUUCAGCGAAUGUUGACAUUUACGGAUGCAGAGAUAGAAGACGAGGCACUUGUUGCCGUAGUCAUUUAA